AUGAGUAAGGUAAGCUCUGAUAUCAACUUAGACUUAGAAUUGCACGAGGACCAUCAAAGUGAACAUAGAGCGAAUAAUUCCCCUGAAAGUCCGAAGCUGAGCACACCUUCAAGUACACCACCAUUGGAGCAAUUUACUAUUGAUGAAGAUCCAAAUAAUGUUUCAUUACACAGAGAUUCUAGCUGUAUUCUGUUUAAAGGUCAGCCUAUUAUAAUUGAGGAUAAGAACAUCUUUAGAAAUCAUAAACUAAAAGUUCAAAUGGUUGCUGCAAUGAUGUCACUAUUCCUAUUAGGUUUAUCCGAUCAGAUUAUAGGAUCGUUGAUUGAACACCUCCUAUCUUACUAUCAUAUUGAUCGUGUUCAGGUUUCCUUUUUAUUUAUUGCCCAAUUUUGCGGCUACAUUCCAGCAAGUCUUUUGAAUAACUACCUCUUGAGUAAAUACGGAUUUCACAAGCUAUAUUACACCUCGUGUCUAGUGGUUAUGGUAUCCUCUACACUGUUUUUGCUGAAGGCACCAUUUUACAUUCUCCCUUUUGGAUCUGUAAUGUUUGGUUGGGCUAAUGGUACAUUUGACUGUUGUUUAAAUUACUUUGUGGGUACAUUAGAUUACUCAAAUGAAUUAUUAGGGAUUGCACAUGCAAUGUACGGUGUUGGGUGUUUAGUCACCCCUAUUUUAUCUAUUCAUUUGAUUAGAAUAGGGAUGCCGUGGAACCACUAUUAUUUUGUUCUAAUAGGUACGGCUUUUUUGAAUCUACUAUUGGCAUUUUUCUUUUUCAGGGAAGAAACAAGUAUGAAGUAUCAAUAUAUUACAUUAAAGGCACAAGAGACCUCUGGUGAAGACACUUAUUUUGAUUCUGCAGAGACUGCUGCUAAUACAAUAGAUAAAACUCAGCCAUCAAUAAUUGAAACCUUGUUUAACAAAUAUGUUGCAUUCUAUUGCACUGCUUUGUUCCUAUACGUAGGAAGUGAAUUAAGUGUGGGGGUUUGGUUGAAUAACUACCUUUUCCGUAUCCAGCAUUUAACCGAGGAGCAGGCAUCUUACAUCACCUCUUUAUUUUGGUUAUUCAUGACUUUAGGAAGAGUCAUAAUGGGAAUAUAUACGGGGCGUCAUUUUGAGGACAAGGAAGUACGAGCUAUGGUGAUAUACUGUUCCUUAGUUGCACUAGGGUGUUUCAGCUUCUGGAUUUUUAGCUCUUCCGUCGCAGCGCAAACCGUUUCCAUUGCUUUUGCAGGUUGGUUUGUUGGCCCGGUCUUCAGCACCACCAUUAUAGCAUCAAUUAAAACUUUGCCAAAGAGGUAUUCAGUCCACGGAAUAUCUUUGAUUGCAGGUUUGGGAGGUACAGGUGCAGCUAUUAUUCCCGGUAUAAUGGGUUGGGUAUCGGAACAUUUAGGUUCUCCAGAAAACGAUACUGAUGGUAAUGACGGUGCAGGACUAUACUAUUUUCCAGAACUGGUUUGUGUUACAUUUACUAUGGCCGCUCUUUGCUGGCUUUCUUUUUACUUAUACAACAAAAGCGCCUUGGACAGGAAACUUAGACUACAAUAA